AUGGAGGCUCAGGAAAACAACAAAAGAUUUCAGCUAGGAAACCUAUUCAAUGUUAAGGAUAAAGUCGCCCUAAUCUCCGGUGGUGGCUCGGGAAUCGGUCUCAUGGCCGCUCAGGCACUUGCUGUGAAUGGCGCAAAGGUGUAUAUUACUGGCCGGACACAGGAAAAACUUGACAAGGUCGCCGAACUCUACAACCAAAAUAUACCUGGUCAAAUAAUUCCCAUCACCGCCGAUGUUACCGAUAAAGCAUCAAUUGACAAGCUUGUGAAGGAAAUCAACUCGCGCGAGCAAUUUCUCUCCAUUUUGAUCAAUAAUGCUGGGAUUUCCACAGGUGCACAAGAUACUGAGCCUGAGAGUGCUGAAGAGCUCCGCCAGAAUCUAUUUGAGCAUGAAUCAGGCGACCUCAAUGCAUGGGAUGACACUUUCCGCACAAACGUCUCUCAACUCUUCUUCAUGACAACCGCAUUUCUUCCGCUACUUGAGAAGGGUUCUCAGCAGGAGCAUGGAUGGUCCAGUACCGUGCUCAAUAUAACCUCCAUCUCGGGGAUUGUCAAGGUUUCCCAGCAUCACUUUGCAUACAAUGCCUCCAAGGCUGCUGCCAUUCAUUUGACCAAAAUGCUAGCCCAUGAGGUCAUGACCUCACGAUUGCCAAUUCGGGUCAACAAUAUUGCUCCUGGCGUUUUCCCGAGUGAGAUGACUACAGCUGCCAGCGAUGAGAAGCAAAAGAGCUUCAUUCCGAAGGAAAAAUAUGAGCAAAAGACUGCCGCAGCUCGACCGGGAAAGGAAGAAGAUAUGGCCAGUGCCAUCCUUUUUGCGACUACAAAUCAGUACCUGAGCGGACAAACCGUUGCCGUUGAUGGUGGUUAUGUUCUUGCGGCAGGAUCUCUCUAA